AGGAGGGCGCACGGGGAGGGGCGCGGGCGGGGCGGGGCGGCGGCGCGGCGGGGCAUGGCGUCCAUGGCGGCGGCGAUCGCGGCCUCGCGCUCGGUCGUCAUGAGCGGGAACCGGCCGCUGGACGAGCGCGAGCGGCAGCGCCUGUCGUACCUGGCCUCGCUGAGCCCCAUGGCGCGCAAGAUCCUGCAGGACAAGGAGCGCGUCCGCCAGCGCUACGGGCCCGAGUGGGCGCGCCUGCCGCCCGCGCAGCAGGACGCGAUCAUCGACCGCUGCCUGGUGGGGCCGCCCGCGCCCGGCGCCCCCGAGCCGCCCGGCCCGCGCGCGCCGCCCGGCCAGAAGCUGGUGCGCUUCGGCGACGAGGACAUAACGUGGCAGGACGAGCACUCGGCCCCCUUCUCCUGGGAGACGCGGAGCCAGAUGGAGUUCAGCAUCUCCUCCUUGUCCAUCCAGGAGCCGAGCGGGGAGCCCCGCCCGCUGGCCCCCCGGCCGGCCCCGGGGGCCAAGUCCUGCGGCCCGGACGAGGAGGCCGCCUUCUGGAAGGUCAACGCCGAGCGGGCCCGCGGGGGGGGCCCCGAGGCCGAGUUCCCCUCGCUCACCCCGAGCCAGAUCAAGUCCAUGGAGAAGGGCGAGAAGGUGCUGCCGGCCGGCUGCAGGCCGGAGCCCGCCCCGAGGGACCGGGAGGCCCCGGGGCCGGUCCAGGCCGGCUGCCCCGGGGCGUCCGGGGAGGGCCCCCCCCCGGAGCCCGGGGCCAAGCCGCCGGCCCCCGAGGCCGGCCCGACGGACGGGGAGACGGCGACGGACGAGCUGUUCCCCGAACCCGGCGCUGCCCAGGUCAGCGGCAGCAAUGUCAUCCUGAAGACCGGGUUCGACUUCCUGGACAACUGGUAAACCGAGGCAGACACAGGCACACUCGCCCCGCGGAGAGCCGAGGACCCCCGACCCCCCACCACCGUGGGGCGGCCGGCGGCGGAGGGGCCACUUGCCGGGCUCUGGACCCAGUUUUGUUUUGUUUUUUGUUUUGUUUUGUUUUUUAAAAUCUUCUGGAAACUAGUCAAGAAUCGCCGAGUCCAGAUUUCCAGCUCUCCCCCCUUUUUUUGCUAAGACCCGGCGCCUCUGCUGUUUUCCACGAUUGGACAAACCCAGGAGUCCCGUUUGGAAUGUUCAGAGGCUGCCGGGCAUUCCCGUUGGGCGCCCUGUGACUCCAGCGUCUGCCUGUCCCAGCCACAGGGCUUCCCCUCCUCCGAGAAAGGGCUGUCUGUCCACCAGGCACAGAAGUGACAAAUCGGCCUCCCUCCGUCCCCGUCUCCUUCACCCCCACCCCCUUCCCCCUCUUCCUCCUGGUGGGUUUCCGUGGAUGGGUGACCUCCGGUGACCUUGGGCGGGUGGCCGUUGGCGGUGGCCUCGGCAGGCCGGCUGUGAUGGUGGGCAGAUCUGUUCCCCACGUGCCCACCCCCCUGCGCCCCCCAGCCCGGCGCCCGGCCGCCCAGGGCUCCCCUCGCCGACCCCACCCUUCGAGACCCCCAGUGUGUUGUGCUCACGGCUCACGGUGGCCUGUCCGGACCCAGCGGUGGUAGGGCUGCCCUUCUGCUUGGCGUUUGCACCGUUUUCCUCCUGGACGUGGUUCUUCGCUGCUUCUGUGGGUGCCCACGUCCCCCCACCCCCACCCCUACACCCCCUGGGAGGGCGGCGCGCAGGGUCCCCGGCUGGGGCUCCUUCACCCCCCCCCUCCCCCCUGGGGCAGGUGCCCCGGGCAUCAUAGAUCCUCACAAGCCCCGAGUCUGCGGGGCCGGAGACCACUGUCGUCAUAGGAACCCCGGAGACCUCUGUCGUCAUAGCAACAGCAUCUCCUGGAGAAGGACCUCGCGGCCCCCCUGAUGCUCCAGUGGGGGUGGCUCCCAGGCUACCCCAGGGAGCCGGGCGGCCCCUGCACCUGCCGCCCCCCACCCCACCCCCACUUCCAGCCCAGUGCUGGGUGAACCCCAGGAACCUGAACCCCAGGAUUCACCCCAGCGUGAUGGACACGCACCUCACUGUGCCCUGCUCACCGACGCCUUAACCCCCGCCCGUCCCGCCAGCCGGCACCUGGGCCCAGCGUCCAAGCCUGUGUUUUUGGGUGUUUUUUUUGUGUGUGUGGGUUUUUUAUUUUUGUUUUGUUUUUGUUUUUUUUUUAAAGAAACUUGCCUCUUUGUUCCCCGGGAACAGAUCGGAGCCGACUCCCGAAUAUUUUCUCUGGCUUUGAGGCGAGCCCGUGGCCUGCCAAAGCCGCAGCCCGGCCCCCGGGGGCUCGGCUCCCAUCAGCCGCCGCGCAUCCCCGAACCUCCCCUGGCCCCCUGGGUCCCGGGUGCGACCCUCCUCCUUCUGCUGACUCUGCCAUUUUU